AUGCCUUCGUCCUCUGGAGAGAAAGCUACGAUGUCCUACACUCCUCCCGCUGGCCCAGCCCAAGGGCCGCCAGUUUACACGCCACCGCCAGCCGAUGGCCAGGGGUAUCCUCCUCAGCAAAGCUACGCUUCACCACCACCACCACAAGGAUACCCUCCACAACAGAAUUAUGCUCCUGCUCCCCAGCAAGGCUACGCACAACAGCCAGUCUACUCUCCGCAACCACAACCCACUCCUGCUCAGGUUGGAGAGAACUACCGUGCCCAACUCUUUGCUCAGUGUGCACAAGGCCAACAUUCGCCUACAACGAAGUAUGGUGUUUGCGGUAUUAUCACAGCGGUUGUCUGUUUCCCUAUCGGCUUAAUUUGCCUUUUUAUCGACACCGAACAACGAUGUGAUCGCUGUGGAAUCAAACUAUCAUGA